AAGUUCUGUUCGAUACCAGUUUUGCUUUCCUUGACAUAAUAAUAAGAAUAAGAUCACCAACGCCCCUUUUUACCUUUUCUUCUUUUCUUCAUUUCCCUCUUCCUCUGAGAAAAAGAAAAGCCCAUAAGAAAAUCGGAAAAAAGAUUGAAGAAGAGAUGUCAGAGAAAUUCUCGCCAACUUUAAGGAUUGGAGAUCUCAGCGAUUUCAUAGCACCCUCUCAAGCUUGUGUUGUUUCUUUGAAGGGUUUGAAAUCAAACAGCAAGAAACCUGAGGUGAGGGUUUCUAAUAAGCAGCAAAGUGAACCUGUUAAAAUCUCGCUUAAGGACUGUUUGGCAUGCAGUGGUUGCAUUACAUCUGCGGAAACAGUUAUGCUUGAGAAGCAAAGCUUGGAUGAAUUUCUUUCUAAUAUUGAUAAAGGAAAAGCAGUUGUUAUUUCACUCUCUCCGCAAUCCAGAGCCUCUCUUGCAGCUCAUUUUGACAUCUCACCCCCUCAGGUUUUCAAGAAACUUACUACGUUUUUUAAGUCCUUGGGUGUAAAGGCAGUAUUUGAUACAAGUAGCAGUAGAGAUAUAACACUUAUUGAAACUUGUAAUGAGUUCAUUACUCGGUACAAACAAAGCCAAUCAAAUGAUGAUGAAAGAUCUAAAUCAGCUCUACCUAUGCUUUCGUCGGCAUGUCCAGGUUGGAUAUGCUAUGCUGAAAAACAACUAGGAUCUUAUAUUCUGCCUUAUAUAUCUCCAGUGAAGAGCCCUCAACAAAUUGUUGGAGCUACCAUUAAACAUCAAAUAUGUCAAAAGAUGGGCCUUAGGCCGGACGAGGUUUACCAUGUGACUGUGAUGCCUUGUUAUGAUAAGAAGCUCGAGGCUGUGAGGGAUGACUUUGUAAUUGAAUUGGAAUCUCAGGAAGAAAAUGGUGACAGUCUUGUUAGGAUUGCUGAGGUAGAUUCUGUUUUGACAUCUGGAGAAGUUUUAGACUUGAUCAAGUUGAAAGCAGUGGAUUUUCCAGCCUUAGAAGAAUCUCCUCUAGAUAGAAUGUUUUCAAAUGUAAAUGAAGAGGGACAUCUUUAUGGAGUAUCUGGAAGCUCUGGUGGUUAUGCAGAAACAGUGUUCAGGAAUGCUACUAAAACAUUGUUUGGAAUAGAAAUCAACGGUCCUUUGACAUUCAAAACUAUAAGAAAUACAGAUUUUCGUGAAGUGACACUGGAAGUAGAUGGACAUGUUCUGUUGAAGUUUGCACUGUGUUAUGGCUUCCAGAACCUACAAAAUAUUGUUCGAAAAAUUAAAAUGCAGAAAUGUGAUUAUCAUUUUGUGGAGGUUAUGGCAUGUCCAUCAGGUUGCUUGAAUGGUGGAGGUCAAAUCAAACCAAAGCCAGGGCAAUCUCCUAAGGAUUUGCUUCAAUCAUUAGAAACCAUUUACAUGGAAAAUGUUUUGGUGGCAGAUCCCUUUGAGAAUCCUCUUAUUAAAAGCUUGUAUGAUGAGUGGCUUGAAGAACCUGGAUCCGAGAAAGCUAAAAGAUAUUUGCAUACUGAGUAUCAUCCUGUGGUAAAAAGCAUAACAUCUCAGCUACAUAAUUGGUAAUGCUGGUCCAUGCUGGUCCAUCUCAGCUAUUCUCUUUCUUUAUAUUAUUUUGCCAAUUUUUUGGGCUUGUAUUCUCCAAAGUAUUGGUGCAACCUCAGGCUUGUCCAUGAGAUAGCAUUUUGCCAUGGAGUCCAGUUUUGGUAGAGUAAAAUAUUUGUUAUUGUACCAGCCACACUCUUUGUAUAUGGUCAUAUACCAGAAGAAGCCUUUUAGAUAGAAGAAAAUAGGUUAUGGUGCUGUCACCUGUCCCUGCUUUUGUUUCCUUACUGGGAUGAAGGUUCCAAAUAAUGUUUCAUCCAUUCAUGUACAUACUGUUUUCCUAUUUUUUGUGUACUUGAAACAGGUCUUCAGGUUUAGCAGCUGCCCUGGUAUUGACAUGAAAUAAUAUUAUGUAUCAGUUGCAUAAUGGAGAAACUCUAGAAUUUUUAGA